AUGGCCGCAGAGAAGAAUGCCAAAUAUCGGCAGGAGAUUCAGAUGAUGAUGUACGUGAGUGGAGAGACGGCAGAACCUAGUGCUGAGACAACUUAUCUCAUCGAGGAGAUUGUUCGUGAACAAGUCGUGGAGAUGCUGAAAGAAGCGACAGCCCUGGCGAAUAGGCGUGGCUCGAAAUCGAUCUCUAUCGUAGAUCUCAUAUUCCAGAUACGCCAUAAUGCGGCUAAGGUCUCGAGGUUAAAGACAUUCCUUUCGUGGAAGGAUGUCAGGAAAAACGUCAAAGACUCCGACGAUAAAGGUGGUGGUGACGCUGAUGCUAUCGAUCUAGAAGAUAGCGCCAACCUUCCAGGAGCUAACUCUGGUCCCACGCAAAAAUCGAGCUCCAACAAGAAGGCCAAGCUCAUGCUACCCUGGGAAAUUUACUCAUACUACUCGGAACAGGUGCCAGAACGAGAAGACGAGGAAGACGAGGAAGAGGAAGAGCAGAAUGAUGCGACACUUGCACGUCUAGCUGCAGCUGACGAGCGAACGAAGAAUAUGACCAGAGACCAGUAUGUAUAUUGGUCUGAAUGCAGACAGGCUAGCUUCACCUUUAGAAAAGGCAAACGUUUCAGAGAAUGGGCCGGUUUUGGCACGGUCAUUGACAGCAAGCCCAACGACGACGUAGUCGACAUUCUUGGCUUCUUGACUUUCGAGAUUGUUCAGACGUUGACAGAAGAGGCACUAAGGGUCAAAGCAAUCGAAGACUUGGCGAAUAAGAAGGCGAACAGUGGACGUGGAGACGCAGAAGCAUCGAAGAAGCGCAAGCGUGAAGGCUGCUCGCUGUUUGAGAUGCCCGAAGAAGGGAGAUCUCCAGUUGAUUGCAGACACGUCAAGGAAGCCUUUCGUCGUCUUCAGCUCAUCCCAAAAAGAUACACCUUCUUACGACCAAGGAACGCGGGCAUGAGGACAACAUUGCGACUGAUUUAA